AUGAAUUCCAAACUUACAUGGAUUUUUCUAGCUGUGAUGCUGCUUUCCCUUGUUACCUGGACCAGUGCAUUCACAGCCGGCGCCACGAAGCCACAAACUGGUAAACGGGAGUUAUCAAGCGAUCAGGAGGUAUUCCACGUUUUCAUGUCCAUUACAGUCUUUUAAGCGUAAAUCAAGCGUUUAAUUGUUACAGGUAAACUCAACGAUUUUCCAUCAGGUAGUCAUUCCAAAGGUUGAAGCGCUUGCGCAGUCAUUUCCCGUCAACGGUUUGUAAUCGGUCAGUAGGACCGGGUGAAAACCAAUUUCCAGUCCUAAUAAGCCUUGCUAGCUAAAAAUAGCAUCCAGGAGCCUCUAUGAGCCCCUCGUUUGGUGCCACUUUUGAAAAUAUAUUUUAAGCUUUCCAAUCAAAAUCUUCGCGUUCGUUUUUUAUCAAUGCAAAAGAAAAAAUAACAGCCUUUGAAAAAAAUUUCUCUAACCUGCCGCUCUGUCAUGUGGCCUAUCGACUUCUUUUGCCAGCGAUUUCGUACACUGUUAAAGAUACUGGAGAACUAGUUUCUCAACAGCAUUAAUUGCAUUUUAACGAAAAAUAAAAGGUCGAAGGGUUUCUCGCUUUCUAAACUAAGUAACUUCUAUACCCCCAAAGCCAAUUUUGGAGACUUACUUCAUUAGUUCUAAAUUGCUGAAUUUAGGCAAAAGCCUGUGCUUAUAUAAUUCAAACGAAAUCUUCGCAGCAUGCAGUUUUUCAGCACUGAGUAUGCUAAAAGUCAACUUUCGAUUGGCGAAAACAAAUCUUCCUUACUAACUUACUUACUGAGGCCGGGAAUCAUCCCGAGCCAUCCUAAAGAUCUUUCCGCAAGACCUGAUCAAGUAUUGCACCUCUUAUCUCUUUUAUAUUCUCUAGUUCAGUGUCAGCCUUCAAUAUGAAACUGAGAUUUGUGAAAAUCCCAUGAAAAUCACUUGAAAAUACCAUGAACAUCAUUUCAUGGUUAAUGAAUCUUGCAAAAUAAUUUUUCAUGACCUCAUCUGUGGCUAUUAAAUUUUCGUGGAAAAAAAAGUUAAAGGUGUUUCACGGCCCAUGAAUUAAACUAGACUACUUUCAUGAGUCAUGAAUUUCCAAUGAAACAGCACAUUAUGGAAACAUACCAAGAAAGUUCAGUGAUGGAGCCAUGAAAAACGUUUAAUGGGCCAUGAAAUAAAUACUGAAUUUGAUUUGUGAGUCAUGAAAAAUAAAUGAUUUCAUGGCUCAUUAAUUUCCCAUGAAAAUGCUGAUGAGGAAAGCAGUGCCACCGUGAAUUAAUGCCUUGAAUAAAUAUUUAACAACUUUGCAGCAAGAAUACUGCAUUCCAUAAUAUUUACAAAAUGUACAUGUAUUCAAUAAAUGAAAUAGUACGUCUUGGGUUGUACUAGAAUUAGCUAUACCCUAACGAAACUAGUACUUUGGGCAGCUUGAUGGUGUCAAUGUAUGAAGUUCUUGGUCUACCUCCUCUUUAUGAUUAAUUUAAAAGGGAUUUUUUCCUAGCUGCAACGAAAUUCAAACAAACCAUAUUUCGCUACAAGCCAAGCUGCCUAAUCGAUUUGUUGAUAAAAAAAGCGGGCAAGUUGCCCGCUUUUUUUAGGUUAGAAAUUAAUUAGAAUGGCUAAUUCAGCAGUCGGUAGAAAAAUCUUAUCUAAGUUUGAAUUGCGAAUCAGUUUCAAGCUUUGAUCUUUACCGAUAACAUAUCUUUUGACCUUGAUGUGCCCUUAUAAUGAACACAAAUACAUCUCAUUCAAGAAUGAGGGUCAUUUUCUACGCCUCGCUGGAAUCUGGGAUCUGGAUUUCAAUUAAACUAGACAUCAGUAGUAGACUUGGGUGAAAUUACUAAUCAUAUCGUGCCUGUUCAAAACCCAGAGAUUUUUUCCAAGAAUAUGGUGACAGAAUCUGUUGCUAUGUCUAAAAGGUAAUACACCGUAACGAAUAAUAACGCUUUCAAAAUUGACCAACCUGCGACCUAAGAUAAUCAGGGACAAGGCAUCAGGAGUUCGAAGCAAAUAACCGGAAACAAGGAAAUAAGGACACAGGAUGAAAGAGGAAUGCAAGUAUCAUGCACACUUAACUUCAAGGACAGCAAGAGAUAUAUUGAUCGAUAUUUUGAAAAAUAAAUUAAGCAAAGAAGCAAAAUAAAUAGAUAAAAAAAAUAAAUUCCCUGUUUCGGACUGCAGUACUUCCCUGUCUUUUUUUUGCGACUCGUCAAGCGCUUAAAACAUGGUUCAAGUUAUCGAGAGUAUAACUAUACAGAAAUGAUGUAAAAGAGAAACAAAAAUUACUUCCAGUUAGCGGAAGGUUUAAGUUAUCAAGGGUUCGAGUUACCGAGGGUAAAAUUACAGUACAAAUUUGAAGGAAAUCCAGGGGAAAUCAAGAUUUUUCGAGUUAGCGCGAGGUUCGAAUUGGUGUUGAGGGCUCGGGUUAUCGGGAGUCAACUGUAUCUUUAUGUGUAAUUCAGUUCCCAACAGCCCCUGUUCCUCCUCCCUUGAAACAUAGUGGGUCGCUCUUAACAAGGAACCUUGGUACACGACCUUUUAAUUGAACAUUUCUUAAUCUAUAUUUUAUCCUUUUUAUAUUAGACAGACUACGUACCGAGAGAAUUGUGCGAGAGAGCCUAUCCUUGUAAAAGAGAAUACGGGAGAGGAAUCUUUCGCAGAGCAUUUCCAGGACCAGAAAGAAACAGAGUCGUACAGUACUAAUGGCGAGAUG